UCGUUCACAUGUACUGAAAACAAAACCAAAUGCACACAGCAAGCUCUGACCCUUUUUUUCUUUUAAGAAAAUUUAUUUUUAUUUUCUCGUAGUUAUUAAUUUAUUAUUAUAUUAAAGUGGAAAAAUUCAAAGACCAAUCAGAUGAGAAGGUUGGAGAUGCUUUCGCAGUCUUGGCAAGUUGCAAGCAAAUGGGGAAGGAAAGAGAAGAGUGGUUUUAUGCGUUAAAAGGAGGUUUAAGGGAGUGUUUAUAGGUCUACCAACUGGUGGUUAGGGGCUUUGAACCCUCUUAAGCAAACCAAACUAUCCACCAGCCAUGUUUGCUCCAUUUAUAUUUUUCCAUGUUUUUUUUUUUUAAUUUAUUUAUUUUCUCUCGGAAAAUUCUAGGCGCGUUUUUGCCGUGUCACACGUGGGAAACUCUGAAUGAUUGGUGAAGAAAAAAAAAUUUUUAUUACUAUUUUUUCCAUUAAAAUAUAAAUAAUAAUUAAUUGUAGUUGGUAACCACUGUUUUUUGUGCAAUUUUAAUAUUUUUUUAAUUAAUAUAUUAAUAUUAUUUUUUGAGUUGGUGCCGUUGUUCCAAUGAUAAGGAGGUUGGUCUUGUGUGAGACUAUAUCUCUCGGGAUUGGUUAUUGUCUCCGUUUGGGGUGGAUUUGUGUUGGCCGACGAUACUAAAUAUAUUUUCUAAGCUUUCCCAUUUGCUUCCCACUAGAGGCGCAUCGUUCCUCUUUCUGGAGCUUUCAGUUUAGUAUGAUAGCUUCAUGAUGAUGCUGAUGAUUAUCAGAACAGGUUGUAAAGAAAUAGAAGUUAUAUUUUACCAUGCGUGUUUGGGUUCUCCAUUAGCAUUGGCAUAUUCUCAGUGCUGAUUUUAUCUCCGGCUACUCUUUGAUAUAGUUAGCUGGUAGCUGCUCUGUCGGUCAUAAAGUAAUUUGUUGUGAAAAUUAGUAGACGCAGUUUUCUGGAAAUGACAAGAAACGGACUUUGCAGCUGAUUCUAAAUGGACAUCAACAAUUAACAUUAUUAGAUGAAUUCAGAUUGUGAAGAGCGUUUUUAACUUUUAUCAUUCAAUCACACUUGAGGAUCUUCAGAUAGAGGAAGCAAAAAGAAUGGCUACUCAUUUGUCAAAUUUAAGCAAUCCCAAAUACGACCUGUUGACUCCGUAUCCGGGAGAUGAGAAAUUUGCCUCUUAUCCCAAACCACCUUUUGGUCCUGGAAACAUGAUGAUGUAUUUAAACCAAGCUUCACCUGCCGGAUCAUACUCAAUGAUUAUGCCUGUUGGUUCUACAUCUUCCAACAACUGUGUUGAUUCUGUUGAAGGAAGAAACGAGAUGAUGUUUAUUCCUCCUAUGGGUGAUCCUGGUGGAAGCUCUGCCAAUGGGGAUACCUUGGCUGUUCCAAGGACACAGCUACCUGGGUCUCUGAAUGGUGAACAGAAUGUUCACUAUCAGGGGUUAUCUCUUAGCCUUGGCACACAGAUUCCAUCUGCAGUUUCUUUGCCUUCAUUUCCUUACCAGUGUCCAAAUCCAAAUCUCUCUUCGGUUUUGGGUACGUGUAUACCAAUGUCGGUGAAUGAUGUGUUAUCUUGUAAAGAUGAUCAGAGCAAUCCAAAUGGGGAGUUGAGAAAUGUUGAAUACUUGACAUCUGGUUUCUUUGGAGGGGGUCAUAACGCAAUCAAAACAGAGGGUUUCUACAAUCAACUUUGCUCGGUUAGCUCCAAAGAGAUGAACAUUGGACAGUACCCAUUUGAACCAUCAGGUGUUGCGCACAAUAUCUUAAACACCAAAUACCUCAAGGCAGCACAACAAUUGCUUGAUGAAGUGGUAAAUGUCCGGAAAGCUUUGAAGCAACCUGGAUUGAACAAGCAGGGGAUUGGUUCAGAGACUGAUGGGAAAUCCAAUCAUCGAUCUUUACAGAUAUCAUCAGAUCCUAGCGAGUCAAGUACUAACUCUUCUUCUGAGCUUUCUCCUGCUGAACGACAGGAGUUGGAGAACAAGAAGACAAAACUUUUGUCCAUGCUGGAUGAAUUAGAUGGAAGAUAUAAGCAAUAUUACCAUCAGAUGCAAAUUGUGGUUUCAUUUUUUGACAAUGUUGCUGGACCUGGAGCAGCCGAACCAUACACAGCGCUUGCUCUAAGGACAAUUUCCUGCCACUUCCGCUGUUUGCGGGAUGCAAUCAGUGGUCAGAUUCAGGUGAUCCAGAAAAGCCUAGGGGAGCAAGGUACUCCAGCAAAUGGUCAAGGAGGAGCUAUACCUCGUUUACGAUAUGUUGACCAGCAGCUCAGACAGCAGAAAGCAGUACAGCAGCUUGGUAUAAUGAGAAAUGCUUGGAGGCCUCAAAGGGGGCUUCCAGAAAGCUCUGUUUCCAUCCUUCGUGCCUGGCUUUUUGAGCAUUUCCUUCACCCUUACCCAAAGGAUUCAGAGAAACUUAUGUUAGCAAGGCAGACGGGGUUGACUAAGAACCAGGUUGCAAAUUGGUUUAUAAAUGCACGGGUAAGACUUUGGAAGCCCAUGGUUGAAGAGAUGUACAAAGAAGAAUUCACCGAUGCGGAGUUGAAUUCUAAAUUGUUAGCAGAAAACGCGCUCAAUGAAGCGAGAGAGUCCCAGAGAACUGGAACCAAUAUCGACAUGGAUCAAGUUCAGGACCGUAAGGCAGAACUGAGCGGACCAACAGGCAGGAUAGCUGUUCAAAAUGAUAGUUUUCAUGAAGGCAAUACAAGGGAUUCUGGAAUGCCAAAAUUACAAGGCGAUCAUAGCCAAAAAAACCUAUAUAAUAUGGAUGAAACUUUCCGGAUCAGCCAAAAUGGUGACAGGAAUCUCAUGGCCAAUCCUGCAACGUAUGAUGUAUCAGAGUUGGGUAAUUUUGCAGUUGGCAACCAAGUGUCACUUUCGUUGGAGCUCCGGCAUUGUGAAAGUGAUGGAUUUUCUACGUCCGGUGGGUCCCACGUAAGAGGCAAUGAUGCGGCAGCAGCAACAGCUUCUCUGGAUUAUCAUUGCGUGGAUGCUGGGCAACAACAAUGCAGGUUCAGCAAUCCCCAUCUGUUGCAUGAUUUUGUAGUGUGACAUUUUCUUUUUCUUUUUUUUUUUGGCGUCUUUGUCAAAAGGAGGACUAAAACUUGGUUUGUUAAAAAAAAAAAAAAAAAAGAUAAUUGCCUGUGCUGUUAACGUCAGAGAGCUAAUAACCGCUUCCAAUACCCAAUACAAAUAGGGAUUUAAUUUGUACAUAGAUAUAUUUGAUACCAACUUGUGAUAUUACAGAGAUUGGUGGAACUCUUAGGCUUAUUUGUAAAGAUAAAUAUGAAAAUAAGGAAAUUCGUUUGAAGCUACUCUCGAACAAUGAUGUGGAUGUACCAUAGUUUUGAAAUAAAUGUGAAAUGGGGAAAACAGUGGUUUGUCUGUAAA